GUCCCUUGCGAGUGCGGUGCGCAGCCGGCGCGGAUGCAGUUGAGGUGAAGGGUGAACUGUCACCUCUCUUCGAUUACGUCCUGAUCAAGGCGAAGGAAGCCGUGACCACCACCAAAUCAGGGCUGCUGCUGCCAACCUCCUCGGAGAAGCCGAGUGAAGGAGAGGUAGUGGCUGUUGGCCCUGGUGCUGCGAAGGACUCUGGCCUGCUGGUGCCGGUCUGGGCGCAG